UGUUUUACAUUUUUUUCUUACUCAUUCAAACAUGAAACUUGGGAUUUGAUUGUGACCACUGAUUAUCCUCACCAAUGAAUAUACUGCUAUCUUUGUACGGAUUAAUUCACCAUUUCUAUGUUGUUUAUGUCAUGUCUUCACCAUAUAUACACUUUUUUGCUCAAAUAGUUUCUCACUGCGUUAAAAACAACAGUGUUGAUUCGAUUCCCUCUCCAUAAAAACCUCUCUCCUUUCACUGUUCUAGAGAUUUUCACAUGCCUCAAGAACUUGUUUUCUUAUUUAAUCACUUUCUCUGUCUCUCUCACACACUCAUACACAAAAGCUAUGUCUAAUUCAAUGACCCAUCAAAAUCAAUUUGAGAACCAAGAUUUACUAGGUGCUGCUGGUGGCUAUGUUUCAUCUUCUUCUUUAAGGAACAACAAUGUAUCAUCAUACUCUCCAACAUUUCAUCACAAUAUUGAACUAUCACAAGGCUCUGAAAUGAGUCAUACAAGACAUUUGAUGGAUCUACUUGGUGCUGCAAACGACACCAACCAUCAAACUCAACAAGGUUUAUCACUUUCUUUAGGCUCUCACAUGCUUGUUGUUCCUUCUCAUGAUUACAGAAACCGUUCCUUAAAUCAAGGUCUUAUGAUUAACCCGAGUUACUUCAUGUCUGGUCAAGAACAGACACGCGAGCCUGUGGUGGAGAGUAAUCUAACAAGUGAUUAUUUUUACGGAAGUGGUGGAAAUUUUGGGUCUGGUUCUUCUAAUAACUCGUUGUUGAACCGUUCUACUUCUACUUCUUAUGGAAAUGAGAGUUUUGGUUCUGUUAUUGGAAACUCUAGAUAUCUUAAACCGGUUCAGUCACUUCUUGAAGAUCUUGUUGAUGUUGGUGGAAAUGUGAUUGAUAGAAUGAAUGAAAGGUAUGCUGAAAAAUUGUUUCAUGCAAGUAGAACAGGUGCUAGAACACUUUCCUCUGACCUUAAAGCUGAGUUGAGGAUUCAUGGACAUUUGUUAGCUGAUAAACAUGAACAUCAAGUCAAAAUUGCAAAGCUCAUUUCUUUGUUGGAUGAGGUUGAGAGUAGAUAUGAGAAAUACUAUCAUCAAAUGGAAGAAGUGGUGUCAUCUUUUGAAAUGAUAGCAGGUUUAGGGGCUGCCAAAUGUUACACUGCUUUAGCACUUCAAGCAAUGUCUAGACAUUUUUGUAGCUUAAGAGAUGCCAUAACGUCACAAAUAAAUGUUGAGAAAAGAAAACUGUUUCAAGAUGUACCGAAAAUCAACAAUGGAUUAUCUCAACUUAGCUUAUUUGAGAGAGAUAAUAAUAAUAAUAUUAACAUCAACAACAACAGACAGAACAGAAUGUCUCUUCAACAACUUGGAAUCAUUCAAAACCAAAGACAAAUUUGGAGACCCAUUCGAGGCUUACCUGAAACCUCUGUUGCAAUUCUUCGUGCUUGGUUAUUUGAGCACUUUCUUCAUCCGUAUCCUAAUGAUUCUGAGAAACUAAUGCUGGCUUCCCAAACCGGUUUAACUAAAAACCAAGUGUCAAAUUGGUUCAUAAAUGCGAGGGUAAGGUUAUGGAAACCAAUGAUAGAAGAAAUGUACAAAGAAGAGUUUGGAGACUCAUCAGAAGACUCCAAUCCAGCAGCUAACAAUUACAUGUCAAGAGAAGAUGCAACAGACUGUGUGGAGGAUUAGGAUUUAAUUUAAUUGUUAUAGCUUUUGAAGAUAAAAAGAAUUUUGUUGGAAAUAUUAGUAGUACUAUGUAACAUGAUGUUUUUGAGGUGAAUUUAUAGUUUUUGAAAUUCAUGACUAAUGGUGUUGUUUAGAUUAGUAACACGACAUCAUUGUUUUGACACUUCCUUGUAGUCAUGUCAUCAGCUUGAUACCAUGUACUGUUGAUAUGAAACAAAAAGCAAUGGAUAACAGAAUUGCUUGUAA